AUGGAGAUGGACAAUAUGACUUCUGUCCAGGAAUUCAUUUUGCUGGGAUUUGGAAUUGGACAGCACAAACGGUUCCUGCUCCUCAUUUUUUUCACUAUUCUCUACAUGCUCACUUUGGCAGAGAACAUCACCAUUAUCACACUGGUGUUUCUAGACAACCACUUGGCUCAACUUCCCAUGUAUAUUCUACUGAGCAACUUCUCCUGGCUAGAGAUGUGCUACGUAUCCACCACUGUGCCUCGCAUGCUUUUUGACCUAGCUUCCCCUCAUGGGGUCAUUUCUUUCCAUGAGUGCUUCCUCCAGUUCUACAUUUUCUUUUCACUUGGUUGUACUGAAUGCUUCUUUCUCUCAACCAUGGCCUUGGACCGGUACUUGGCUAUCUGCUGCCCACUACGCUACCCACACAUAAUGUCCCCACACUUCUGCUACACUCUGGUAGCUCUAUGUUGGGUUGUUGGUUUCCUGUGGUACCUUGUCCCAGCAGUUUUGAUCUCCCUGUUGUCCUUCUGUGGAUCUAAUACCAUUGACCACUUCUUGUGUGAUCCUGGACCAAUUCUGGCCCUGGCAUGCCCGCCACUCGGAAAUGCUCCCCUCUUCAGCCAGAUUUGCCUCAAUGGUCUGAUUAUAGGCAAUGUCUCCUUUGUUGUGCUGUCCUACAGCACUGUAAUUCUCACCCUGAUGAAAACCUCUAGCCAAGGUAAUCGUAGGAAGGCCUUCUCCACCAUAUCAUUCCACAUUGUGGUGGUCACACUUUUCUACGGCUCAGUUGCAGGGAUGUACUUGAUUCCAGGUGGAGAAAGCCAAUCAGAGGUCACCAAGGCAGUGACCCUCUUCUACACAGCCAUCACACCCUUUCUCAAUCCUUUGAUCUACUGCUUGAGGAAUGAUCAGGUGAAAGAGGCAGUGGGCAGGUUGCUGAGGAGAAAGGUGAGGUCACUAGAGAGAAAGCAAAGAACUUAA